AAAUGGAGAUCAGAAAUACACACCUCUCAUCUCAACCCUCCUUUAACUUAACCAUUUUCUUCUUUUCUCAUCCAUCACAAAGCAAGCAAGCAUCAUCCAUGGCUUCCACUUGUGCUCUCUCCAUGGCUAUGCCGUUGACCCACAAGAAGGCCACUCUCCCACCUACAACCUCCUUCUUCAACCCAUUGACCCUUAACCUUAAUUCCAAGACUACCACCCCAGCAGCAGCAUCCAAACAACGCUUGGUGGUGGUGAAGAGCUCAAUGAAGGAGAACGCCGUGACGGCGUUGACGGCCGCAGUUCUAACGGCGUCCAUGGUGGUUCCGGAGGUAGCACAGGCGGCGUCCGGUGUGACUCCGUCACUGAACAACUUCUUGCUGAGCAUCGGAGCGGGUGGGAUUGUUCUUGGUGGGAUUUUGGGAGCAAUCAUUGGUGUUUCUAAUUUUGAUCCUGUUAAGCGUGGUUGAUUCAUUCAAGUAAUCCCUCCUUUUUUUCUUUCUUCUUGUUAUUUAUCUUCUCUGUGUAAUCUCUUUCUUUAUAUAAAAACCUACCUUCAUCCCUUAUUAUUAUAAUCUACUCAUUUAUUUUUGUUU